AAUUCAACUACUUUUCCCCAGAAGCUACCGCUUUAUCAACACGCUAUAGCGGUUGAUCAUCAGUCGACUGCUGUUUCGUCCCCCUGGACUGUGUGUCGACGGACUGUGAGAGGGCGGCUUGAUCACCCGGCCUUUUCGUCAUGGCUGACGGGGACCAGCACGCGGACCCUGCGGUCAACCAUCAGGGUGACUCGCAGGGUGGUGGGAGGUCCUUGAUGGAGGAGGAGGGGGCAGGAGAUGUGCCGUUCCGUGAGGUGGUUGGAAGCCUGAUGUGGAUCGCCAGCCAGACGCGAGCCGACAUCUCUAACGCUGUGCGGGCUGUGGCGAGGCACUCUCACGAGCCAAAGAAGAGCCACUGGAAGGCGGCCCAGAAGAUCCUCAAUUAUCUUCUGGAAACGGCACAUCUGACUUUGAAGUUCAAGCGUGAUAGUUCGGUAGACGUAGGCACGUUGGUGUACGUAGAUGCGGACUUCGCGAGUAAGGCUACAGACCGUAGGUCAGUUUCAGGAGCAAUGGUUUUUGUGGCUGCUAUGCUUGUAGUUUGGAUUUCUAGGACGCAGAAAUGCGUUUCGCAGUCGACUUCUGAGGCAGAGUACCUUGCGAUGGGUGAUGGUGUGAAGGAGGCUCUGUUUGUAAAUGGAAUGCUUCAGUUCCUGCGGCCGAGUGUGAAGCCGCGUAAGAUAGACGUCCUUGAGGACAACGAAGGAGCGAUUGCGCUCGCAGAAAACCCGCUGAGCUCGAGUAGGAGUAAGCACAUCGACGUGAGGCAUCACUUCCUUAGGAAUUUGACGGAGGAAGGUGUGAUCGAGGUCACGCAUGUCCCAAGUAAGGAGCAGCAUGCGGACAUCCUCACGAAGGCUCUACCGAGAGACCUUUUUGAAGUUCACCGUGACUUUGCAUUGGGAUCUAGGAAGUAGGAGUCUGAAUUGUUUUGUUGUUUUGCUUUGAUACUUGAUGUACUUGGUCUGGUUGAUACAACAGCCCCUAGGGAGGGUGUUCGUGGUAGAGGCAGUAUGUAUCGACUGAGUUGCGUAGAAUAUCUGAUUGGACGAUUUGAAUACGCGGAACAAUGUCGAUCCUCUGUAGAUUGUUGAGCUACCGACAUAAGGAACGUUCGUGGUCCUUGUGGUUGGAAUAAUCUUGUGGACGCUGCGCUAGUCUGAGCAUGGUAUCUUAGUUCAGGUAAUCAUCCCGAGAGUUUGUGGAGUGUAGGAAGUCGCAAUGGUCCGAGGACUGGUACUGAGAUACUGUAGAACGUUGCUGGUGCUCCGGAACGGUUCCGGAACGUGUCCGUUGGUUCGUUGGUUUCCAGGAGUUCGCAGGGUAUCGAGGACACGGCUUGCACAUCGUGCUCACUCCACUUUCUGACCAGUCUCUCCUGACAAGGGUCUAU